GAUAAAAUGUUGUCAGCAUUCAAAAGAUUGGCUGGUAAGCACGAUGGGCUGGUUAAUUCAUCACCGAGACCUGCUCAUCAGUCGAUGCCGACGACAUUGCAGAGAAAAUUCGCCAAAGGAGUCCAAUAUAACAUGAAAAUAAUAAUAAAAGGUGAUAGAAAUGUUGGCAAAACGUGUCUGUUCCAUAGGUUACAAGGGCAAAAAUUUAAUGAAGAAUACAUUCCAACAGAAGAAAUUCAAGUGACCAGCAUACAGUGGAAUUACAAGACAACUGACGAUGUUGUCAAAGUUGAAGUAUGGGAUGUCGUUGAUCGCGGAAGACGUAGACGCAAGUUGGACGGUUUGAAAAUGGAUAACCAGGCAUCAUCUGACGGUAUCAUUGAAGAGCCAGCGCUCGAUGCUGAAUUUUUAGACGUCUACAAAGGGACCAAUGGAGUUAUCGUUAUGCUGGAUGUCACCAAAUCGUGGACAUUCGAUUACGUACAGCGUGAAUUGCCAAAAAUUCCUGAUCAUAUACCGGUUAUUGUACUGGGCAAUCACUGCGACAUGUCACAUCAUCGCACUGUUACCUCGGAUCGCGUUACUUAUUUUAUUGAUUCACUGACUGACAGAACUGCCCAAGUUCGUUACGCAGAGUCGUCGAUGCGUAAUGGAUUUGGGUUGAAAUUAUUGCAUAAAUUUUUUAAUCUUCCAUUCCUGCAACUGCAACGCGAAACUUUGUUGAAACAAUUGGAGACAAAUGAAGAAGAAACGCAGCUCACUAGUCAGGAAUUGGAUUUGUUUCAAGAAAGUGACGAUGCUGAUUAUGAUAAAUUUUUAGAUAAUCUUGUAAAUCGCAGGCGUGCUGUUGCUGAAUCCGCUUCUGCGACAAUUCUAGUCCCAAAUGUCACGUCAUCAUUGAGCACACAUCACGCAUUGUCUUCCAGUAGUAAUAAUUGUAAUUUUAAUAGCGAUGUUAGGAGAUCUAAUUCAAUGCCAGGUCCUAUUGGCGGCGGUACCCCCAUUCCUGUUAAAUCUUACGACGCUAAAUUUGUACCAAAAAAAGACACCAAGAGUCCACAGACAGAUUACAGUAAUAAAAAUAUUUCCCCAGCUGCAAAACCUGAUUCUACGUCAGACGGCUCUGACAGGAAGGAGAAGCAGCAGAACUUCGUUGCUAAGAUGCUGGCUGCUAAUAAAAAAGACGAUGGUACGACAACAGCAGCAGCUUCAAAUGCGACGAAUAAUUCCUCUCCGUUAGCUAGCGUCGAAGACUUUGUUCCUGAUGAUGGUAUGCUAGAUAGAUCGUUUCUGGAUGACAAUAAUCAGUCGCCUCAGAAAACUCAGGUGGUUAAUAAUAAUGUAGUUGAUACUGAUAGUGAAACAGAGACUGCUAACCCAUUGGUUGCUGGCUACGAAGACGAUCUCUCGUCAGCUGAUGAUGAUAAUUCAAUUCCCGUCGAGCCAAGACUUAUUGAAAACCCAUUGAGUAAAUCUAAGACCCGUAGAGGAGAACGUGCUGAUGAGGAUAAAAGAACUUUGGCAUCAGAUAAACGCGACUCCAUAUCGUCUAGUGAAGAACUUGGAAUAACAAAUGGUGACUUUACAUCACUAGAUCAACAGGAUGGAAACUCUGACAGAUUUGACAGCUGGUUAAGUCGCGAUUCCAAGUGGCGACAGAGUCCAGAAGGUGGUGAAGAUGUCAGUAGCACUGGUACGAGAAAAGACAAGCUGGAUGUCAGUGAUAAAAGUCGCGACGUCAGCGUCACCAGUUCAAAUGUUCAUCUCGAGUUGCUCGAUAACUCUAGUAUCCGUCAAAUUUAUUCAAAUUCAAAUUCCAAUAGUCCCGUGAUGAAGGAGAAGAAAAAACAUCGAGAUAAAGGCGACGACAAGGAGAAGAGGAAAAAGAAAAAGAGCAAAGACAAAAGUAAAGAUAAAGAUAAAAGUGAUAAAAAUGAGAGACGGAAAAAACGGAGCCAACGUAAGGACGAAGAAGGCAGAGAUGAGUUGGAAGAAUUUUUAAAUGGACCCGCCUCGCGACCAUCCAUCGAUAUGGCUUACGAAGCUUUAUAAGCAAUCAAGGAAAAGCUUCGACUUCCAGAUAAAAUUUUUCAUGUUAAAUUGCUUACGUUGUUUAUCGCCAUGGUCUAUAAUCGAAUAUUAAAAUUAUAACUUUCGUUAACGGAUGAACCGUGAAUAAAGUACAGUAAUAAUUACCCGUUUAAUUGAAGUAUUAAGUGGGAUUAAUAAAGUCAUUAAUCGAUUUUAACUUUAUUGUAAUAUUAAAGUUAACACAACGUAUUCCAAUUAAAUGAUAUUCAAAACUCAUAAUAAUAAUGAAUGAAUCGUUAAACCGUUAAUAAAAUUUUAAUAAAUACAAUUUAAAUUUAUAAAUAUAUAUAUACGCUCUGUGAGCAUAAAUUUAUAUAGUAUUUAUAGUCAAAAUUUUAUUAUUUUCUAUUUGUAUUUUUGUGAGAAAUUAAUUAUAAGUAUGAUAUUUUAUAAUAAUAUCGUAUCGCAAUGGACUUAAGUAACCGACCGUAUAAUAAAUAUUAUUUAUAAUAUAAUAAUAAUAAUAAU